GAGAGAGAGCGAGAGCGAGAGAGAGAGAGAGCAUAGAGAGAGAGAGUAUAGAGAGAGAGAAAGCAGAGAGAGAUCGAAAGAGAGGAGAAAGAGGAGAGAGAGCAGAGAGAGAGAAAGAGAGAGACAGAGACAGAGAGAGCGCAGAGAAAGAGAGGGGCACAGUUUGCUCCUGCAGCGCUGCAAGGACAGACUGCACUGACAGAGGAGGGGACACACACACAGCCCAGCCUGAAGAGAGACAUGUCUACAUAACAGAACCAUCAGCACACUAACCAUUUCUGGACACUGACAGCAACACAGAACACAAAUAGAUGCCAAGGACUAGCCCCUCAAAACAACCUCACCCUCACAGAGAGGGAGGUCACAGUUUGAAGGUGGAACAGUUAGAAGACGGACACAGUAAAGGUGAGGGAAGACAUUUGUUCUGGAAGAGACCAACUAAAACAGGAGUAAUCAACAGUAUCAUCUCCUCUCUGCGAUAUAGCUCUUGGAAGUGAAAAGGAGAGACUUUGCAGUACAGGGCACUGGGCUGUGCUGCUCUGCCUUAAACACUCAUACCCUUCUGUGCUGCUUCUGCUGCUACUGCUGUUCCAAACCAGGCUACAUCAGACAGAGGUACGCUGAACGUAGCAGCUCUGCUCUACACUCUAGCUAGCUGUACUGCACCGACUAACUGAUUGACUGACUGACCAUGAGUGAGUCGAAGAAGGGUGAUCUGGCUAUCCGGGAUAAAGCCAUCCUGGGCCAGCAAAGGCGUCUGAAGCAGGCCACCCAGUUCACACACAAAGACUCAGCCGACCUGCUGCCCCUGGAUGGGCUCAAGAGACUGGGCACCUCCAAAGAUCUGCAGCCCCACAGUAUCGUGCAGCGCCGCCUCAUGGCGGGAAACAUCACACAACUGCGUGGCGAGGCCCGCGUGGGUAGACCCUCGCCCCUGGUCGACAGCAAGGAGGGGGGCGCCGGCGACGCAGAGGAGAAGAGUGAGAGCACGGCUGACGACUCCACGGAGGAGAGCGAGAGGAGCCUAGAGACGAGGUCAGACGAGGAGGAGGACAGCAGCGAGGCCGGGGGGAAGACAAGCAGCACGGCUGGGAACGAUAAAACAGAGGAGGGGAGGAAGGAGAGGCCUCUCACUACCCUGCUGGUCCAGUGCAAGUGCUGUGACACUGAGGUGAAGGCUUCCAUCAACACUGGGAGUCAACACAACCGCAUCUCCAGCUCCUGCUGCAGGAGGCUUGGAUUGGUGCCCACCCAGGAAGGUCCACCCUGUGAGCAGACAGAGGGCCAGGGCUCUGUGAGGGGCCUGCAGCUGCAGCUGGGCAGACAGAGUGUCCAGUGCUCUGCCCACGUCACCGAGGAUGAGGUAUUUGAGCUGUGCCUGGGUCUUCAGACUCUGCAGGAACUCAAAUGCUGUGUGGACCUGAGCAGUAGAGUCCUAAAGCUCCAGGGCUCAGGGGAGGAGCUGCCUUUCAUGGUCAGCCAGUGCCAUCACCAAGACAGCAAUGAAAACCUGUGACGCUGGCGUGUCACAACCUCCCAGCCGUCCCACCCCCUCCUCUGAUUGGCUGGCGCUGAAAAAACAUGAUGCGGUCCGGGUCGGGACUGUCCAAUCAGUGUCACGCACUGCCAGGAACAUGGUUGAGCACCCCGAUUCUCUUCAGUUUACACCAUUGUGUUUGUUUCUGUGGAAUUAAGACAUUACCAUGAUGUUACUCCUGUAUUGAAUUAGCCUAGUUUACGGAGCGGAUGGAGCUCAAGGAUUGGGACAAUUCUAUGUAACAAUCUUCAUAAUUAUGUACUUAAUCAAGGUGUUUUUUAUCUGCCAGACAGUGCAUCAUUGUUCAAUACACUCAUAGAAAAAAGGAAUCCAGAAGGGUUCUUUGGCUGUCCCCAUUGGAGAACUCUUUCUGGUUCCAGGUGGAACUAUUUUGGGUUCCAUGUAGAAUCCUCUUUGUAAAGAGUUCUACAUUGAUCUCAAAAGGGUUCUACCUGGAACCAAAAAGGGUUCUACCUGGAACAAAAAAGGGUUCUACCUGGAACCAAAAAGGGUUCUACCUGGAACCAAAAAGGGUUCUACCUGGAACCAAAAAGGUUUCUUCAAAAAGUUAUCCUAUGGGGACAGCCGAAGAACCCUUUUAGGUUCUAGAUAGUAACUUAUUUUCUAAGAGUGUACUGAAACAUACUGAGGAGUCAGACGAUGAUUAUCAUUUGAAAUUAACAUAUUGUGAUUUGGAGGUAUAAAAUAAUUUACGUUGAUCAUCAAUUAAAUGCCCAAACUGUUUAAAAUCAAAAUCAGUUCAGCCUUGAGGAAAAAAAUGUUUCUCCCUUGUAUGUCCCUUUACAGAGUGAUAGUCUUCUAGAUGUCCUCUCACACGUGCUCAAGAGAAACAGUGAAAAAACAGGUCUUAUGAAACCUUUAAAUCGGCCUGUUAAAAAAUCAAAUUGAGAGUCAGGACAGACAGGGAAUACUGGAAGAGAUGUGAGGAGACUACUGCUAUUCCUGAACUAACUGCCUUCAGCCAAGUGAAGACUCUCUCUCUCGUCUAUUUUCCCAAAUGAAGAGUGCUCCUAACAAUGUCACGAUGACCCACAUCAAAACUAGUUCUCAAUAAUUCCACUUAAAAUUUUAAUAGAGUCCUGGAGCUAGUUGUGUGUGUCAGAUGGACAGCACAGCAAAAAGAUACAAACAUUCCAUAAUUCCGCAUGAUUUUUUGUAGAAGUCUGCUUUUGUAUAUGUCUGGAUGUUAAUGUUCCUGUGAGAGUGUGUCAGUGUGUGUGACUUGGAGAUGUGUGAGUGUGUGGACGUACUGGUAGAUGUGUGUGUGUGUUGGAUGCAUGUCAAUCGAGGAGGGGCUUUUCUGUUUCGAUAUGGUUAGUGGCUAGUGUUUCACAUGGGAAAGAAAAAGGGAUGAGUUCUAUUUACUUCUCCUCCUCUUACUUCUCCCAGCUCCUACUCCUCCCAGCUCCAGUCAGAGGGAGCUGCCAAAACAGAGCUGACCCCAGCUGCCUUCCUUCCCUCGUCUUCUUCAGGGGACAUUAAUCACUCUGCUCUGAGGCUGCUCUCUGGGCCAAGGCCCUCAUAGAUGUUUGUUUAAGCAUAUUCUCUCUCUCUCCCUUAAUUUUUUAUGUUCGGGAGACAAAUAUGCUUGGUACAUUUGACCUUUUCUCAUUCGGUACAUUAUUCACUUUGACAAGCCUUGUUUGCGGAUUUGGUAUUUUACUUGGACCGGCGCAGCGGCACAGAAUCAUCAUCAGGCCCCUGCUUCUUGCCUGACUGACAGUUUCAAAUCAGGUCAAAUUUUCUUAGUCACAUGCGCCGAAUACAGCAACAGUGAAAUGCUUACUUACGAGCCCCUAACCAACAGUGCAGUUAAAAAAAAAUAUGUAUAAGAAUAAGAGACAAAAGUAACAAGUAAUUAAAGACGAGCAGUAAAAAAAUAACAAUAUAUUCAGGGGGGUGACGGUACAGAGUCAAUGUGCAGGGGCACCGGUUAGUUGAGGAAGUUUGUACAUGUAGGUAGAGUUAAUUAAAGUGACUAUGCAUAGAUGACAACAGAGAGUGGCAGUGGUGUGGAGAGGGGAGGGGGGGCAAUGUGAAUAGUCUGGCUAGCCAUUUGACUAGAUGUUCAGGAGUCUUAUGGCUUGGGGGUAGAUGCUGUUUAGAAGCCUCUUGGACCUAGACUUGGCGCUACGGUAACGCUUGCUGUGUGGUAGCAGAGAGAACAGUCUAUGACACCACCUGGUAUAGAGGUCCUAGAUGGCAGGAGCUUGGCCCCAGUGAUUUACUGGGCCGUUCGCACUACCCUCUGUAGUGCCUUGCGGUCGGAGGCCGAGCAGUUGCCAUACCAGGCAGUGAUGCAACCAGCCAGGAUGCUCUCGAUGGUGCAGCUGCAGAACCUUUUGAGGAUCUGAGGACCAAUAACAAAUCUUUUCAGUCUCCUGAGGGGGAAUAGGUUUUUUCGUGCCUGCUUCACGACUGUCAUGGUGUGCUUGGACCACGUUAGUUUGUUGGUGAUGUGGACGCCAAGGAACUUGAAGCUCUCAACCUGCUCCAUUGCAGCACCGUCGAUGAGAAUGGGGGCGUGCUCAGUCCUCAUUUUCCUGUAGUCCACAAUCAUCUCCUUUGUCUUGAUCACGUUGAGGGAGAGGUUGUUGUCCUGGCACCACACGGCCAGGUCUCUGACCUCCUCCCUAUAGGCUGUCUCGUUGUUGUUGGUGAUCAGGCCUACCACUGUUGUGUCAUCGUCAAAUUUAAUGAUGGUGUUGGAGUCGUGCCUGGCCAUGCAGUCAUGAGUGAACAGGGAGUACAGGAGGGGCACCUGAGGGGAGGAUCAGUGUGGCGGAUGUGUUGUUACCUACCCUUAUCACCUGGGGGCGGACUGUCAGGAAGUCCAGGAUCCAGUUGCAGAGGGAGGUGUUUAGUCCCAGGGUCCUUAGCUUAUUGAUGAGCUUUGAGGGCACUAUGGUGUUGAACGCUGAGCUGUAGUCAAUGAAUAGCAUUCUCACAUAGGUGUUCCGUUUGUCCAGGUGGGAAAGGGCAGUGUGGAGUGCAAUAGAGACUGCAUCAUCUGUGGAUCUGUUGGGGCGGUAUGCAAAUUGGAGUGGGUCUAGGGUUUCUGGGAUGAUGGUGUUGAUGUGAGCCAUGAACAGCCUUUCAAAGCACUUCAUGGCUACAGACGUGAGUGCUACGGGUCGGUAGUUAUUUAGGCAGGUUACCUUAGUGUUCUUGGGCACAGGCACUAUGGUGGUCUGCUUAAAACAUGUUGGUACUACAGACUUGGACAGGGAGGUUGAAAAUGUCAGUGAAGACACUUGCUAGUUGGUCAGCGCAUGCUCGCAGUACACGUCCUGGUAAUCCGUCUGGCCCUGUUAUUUGCCUCGAAGUGAGCAGAGAAGUAGUUUAGCUCGUCUGGUAGGCUCGUGUCACUGGGAAGCUCUCGGCUGUGCUUCCCUUUGUAGUCUGUAAUGGUUUGCAGGCCCUGCCACAUCGAACGAGCGCCAGAGCCGGCGUAGUACGACUCUAUCUUAGUCCUGUAUUGAAGCUUUGCCUGUUUGAUGGUUCGUCGGAGAGCAUAGCGGGAUUUCUUAUAAACUUCUGGGUUAGAGUCCCGCUCCUUGAAAGCGGCAGCUGCCUGUAAUCCAUGGUUUCUGAUUGGGGUAUGUACGUACAGUCACUGUGGGGACGACGUCAUCGAUGCACUUAUUGAUGAAGCCAAUGACAGAUGUGGUGUACUCCUCAAUGCCAUUGGAGGAAUCCCGGAACAUAUUCCAGUCUGUGCUAGCAAAACAGUCCUGCAGCUUAGCAUCUGCUUCAUCUGACCACUUUUUUAUCGAUCUAGUCACUGGUGCUUCCUGCUUUAAUUUUUGCCUGUAAGCAGGAAUCAGGAGGAUACAUUUUUCCUCUUCUCAUUCGUUCCACUUUUGCUGACGUACGUUAUUCACUUUGACAGGCCUUGCUUGCUGAUUUGGUAUUUUACUAGGACCGGCACAGCGGCACAGAAUCAUCAUCAGGCUUGUUACCUGACUGACAGUUUCACACUACAGGGUCGACUACAGGGCCGAAAUGUACUGUGCUUGCUUGAAUAUCGUAUUUUCUCAUUAUCGUUUACAGCACAGUUCCAGCUAUUAUUGUGGAUACGUAACGAGUCCAAUCCAGUACAGCUCGGCUUGGUUCAGUUUGACCCUAUGGUGUGAAUCAGGCAUGUGAGAAAGCCAAAAGGCCACGCUAUAAUCUUCCCACUAACAUGCAUUACACUCUGCCUUGAUAUAUUCACAUUGUUUGGACAAUCGAGAAACGCUUCAGACGCCCUCAGAAAGGUCUUCAUACUCUGCUUUAACCAUCUGUACCUGUAUUCAAAGAGUCUCUGAGUACGGGUUUCCACUAGAUAGCUAAGCCACAAAGUCAAAAUUGUCUAUAUAGGGAAAAAAUACAUGAAAACAAAAAUUUGCUUUUUGGUCUUAAUUCAAGGUUAGACAUAAGUCUUGCAGUGUGGUUACGGUUAGGUUUAAAAAUCUGAUUUUAGGAAGAGAUGUAGAAAUAGGCUGGGUUUAUGACUUUGUGGCUGUGGUAACUAGUGACUACCCUGAGUAGGUGCUGAUAUCGGAUCAGUUAUGCCUUUCAGAGCAUAAUGGAUAAGAUUACAUGGACCUGAUCCUAGAUCAGCACUCCAACUCAGACUUUUUGUGAAGAUGGGUCCUGGACAGUGCCAUGCUCUCAACUGUGUAACAAUAUCCAUCUGACCUCUAGCUCUUUCUAUGGAGGUCACCCACGAAUAAUUGCUAAUGUUUCGUACUAGUGUACUUCCUAAUAUGCUGUGCGAUGGUAAUCGAUGUAUGAAAUACAUUUAUUUUUUGUGUUUUUUUUCUGAACAGUAUUUUCUCUGCCUAUUAAAAGAUGUAUUCUGGCUA